AUGGAGGAGGCCCCUGCGACAUUCUUCCAUGAUGUGAUCGCAGAGGCCACCGGGUCCGAGGACAACCGAGUCAAACUCUAUAACGAUGAGAAGGGCAAGUUCAAGGGGGACGCUCCGGGCAAGUCAAUGCGGAUGGCCAUCCAAAACACGACGAAUCGGAAGCUGGCCAUUGUCCAGGACGGCAGCGACGGCGGUCGAGAUCCUCAUAUACGAAUGAGCUCUGACGAGAAUACCGAGAUGGACCAUGUCUCAAUUCUUGGCGCAGUCAACGAUGGAUAUCGUGACGUCCCGGGCAUCCUGGAGCAACUUCCCAAGUACCUUCCGGUCAUCACUCCUCCAACUGAAGCAGGCCCUCUUCACUGGCGGGAUUCAUCACAUGUCAAGACGGUCACUCCCAGCGCGGUAGACAAUCCCGAUCCCAACCUGGAGAGUCCGCCGAUGAGCACAACCUCUCCAGCUGACGAAGCAGUCGCUGGCGAAGCAGUCACUAGUGAAGCAGCAGCUAGCGACGGCCCGCCAGAAUCAACCUCCUCGAGUGACGAGCCGUGGGUACUAAAAAUUAAGACGCUGCUAGCUGGCCACAUGUUCCCGGAUAUCAUCGAUACUAUACACCGCAAGACUCCGACUGUACCAACAACUUGGAUGAAUGUCUACCAUGCCGUACCGAGCCGAUAUAGGCUUGACGAAGUCCCGACUUCCCCCCCUUCCACAUCGGCCUCGCGCUCCAACACAGCAAUAGCCCCGCCAUCGCCUCUUGCCAUCGCCAACCAACUCACCACCACGAGCGCCAUCCUCUAG